GUUUGAAUAGCUAAAAGGGUGGGUUUGGAUGGCAACAGCCAGAGAUGGUACUAGGCUAGGUUUAGAGAUGGAAUAAAUACCACGAUAUUUGCAGUUGUCAUGACCAUAACCAAGGAAUGCCCUGCAGAAAAAUAACAAGUCCUGGUUAAUCAGUUCAGACUUUUUAAGUUUAUACUUACCUUUAUCAAGUGUGUUAAGCUUUGUUAUGUGCCUGCUUAUCUCUGGCUGUUGUAAGGGUUUAUACUAUCUCAUCAUAUGCAGUUUCAGCUGUAAGCGCUGAUAGCAGGGAGGGGGAUGGCUUACGUGGAACUGAUCUUUUAAAAUUUUCUUCCUCAACAGCAGUGCUCUCUGAAAAUGGUCCAUAAUUGCCUCUGGGUGCAUUAUUGAGCAUCUAAUUAUGUUUAAAAGAUUGUAUCUGUUCUUAAUAACGAAGAGUUCUAAUCAGGACAAGGGAAAUGUGAGGAUUACUUUAAACAACAAUCUGCACCACCUGAUUUCACUUGGUCAUACAGCUUUCAUAGUGGCUUCAGAGAUUUUUUUUUUUCUAAAUUGUAAUCCUUGAUAUUGCUAUAUAUAUGGUUGAAUAUUUAAGAAGGGUGAUGCAUGUUCCGUUUAGGUAUGAGUCACAGAAAUGUCUCUCAAAUAUCUAAGUGUUCUUUAGAAUCCAUGACAAAAUACACCACAGUUUGAUUGUUGAACUACAGUAAUUACAAAUUAAUGAUUGAUGCCGAAGCAUUGGGACCUGGAGGCUCUGAUGGCUCUGUUCUGUAGAGCACUGCUUGACUGUGGGUGGAGCUUUUGUCUUUGCUGUUUGGUAGAAUUUACUGUCCCCUCCUUCCUCCUAAUGCGUGUGAUUUACUGCAUGCUGGUGUGUGUGUGUGUGUGUGUGUCUCUUAGAUAUAGCAUUUCUAAACACUGUUGGUAUGCAGAAAUAAUAGCCACAAGCUGGGCAACAUGGAAAAAUCAAUAUUGAUCAAGAAGGCAAAUGUUGAAAUGAACAGAGCCUCCUGCUUUGCUCCUGCACUCACUUGUUCUAAAAUGAAACGCAAUCAUUGUCAUGUAUGUUUACAUGAUUGGCUUGUUCACAUAUACACAUUGUCAUUUCACAGCUUUGCAUUAUAUUUUAUGAUAGCAGUGGCAUCUUUUUAUGUUCACUGUUGGCAGAUUAUGGUAUGCACAGAGUGGGUGACUUGGGGAAAUUGGAUCUUCACUCUCCCAGCAGCUCUCCUGUCCCUGAUUCACUGUAGUGCCAGCGCCACCGUUUUCUCUGAAUUAUGCAUGGGCCCUCUUUUUUUUUUUUUUUUUUUUUCAAAAUGAAGUGUUUCUGCAUUACAUAACACUUGUCUUUCUGAUUUUGCGGUUUUGGCCUGGCCUCUUAAGCCUCAGUAGCUCGCUUGGUAACAGCAGUAAGUGUUACUGUCUUAUGAGGCGUUGCCCCUUGGUUCUGGCAGGCAGAUUUCCUCUGUUUCUCUCCCUCUCUCUCUCUUUAUACCUCUCCUCUCCCCUGGAGCUCAUUGCGAUGCAUACGUUCUGCAGUGACCUUCAGAAUACAUUUCAUCUGGUCCUGCCUUUACACACAUUUCCUAAUGGCCCUUGUGAUGAGACCAGUGUUUCUCCCUGGUUUCACUUUAUUUACUUAAAUCUAUCUCUGUAAAAACCCUCAUACUGACAGCCAUUGCAUGUUGAGAAGAACAAGGGAGAGUUGCAAAGUGUGUUUCACAGAUGAAAGGCUCUAAGCUUGUAUAUAACAGUGAGAGAGAAAACGAGAGCAAAGAAUUGUGUGUUAGUAUGUCGAAAUAAGAGAAACACAGACUGAAAAAAAUGCAAGAAACGGGGAUUAAUGGUGUGUGAGUGAAUGUUUGGAUCUAUGUGCAACGUGUGAGGGAGAGAGAAAGAGGUAGAGAGCCACUGAGCAGGAGUUGGGCCUGUGAAUACUGCAGCCUCAGCUGGAUGCAGUGGAUCAGCUGCUCCCUCCAUCCCCAUCUCAUUUCUCUUCUGUCAGCCCCCCCCCACACCCCUGUACUUUUCACCCCUCCCCCCUAUUCUCUCUUCUCCCUCCCUCUCUCUUUCUGUGCACCUCUAGCCUCGGUAGCAGUAGUCUUGAGCAUCCUUGCUGCUGCUGAUGCUGCUAUAAAUAUCUGCUUGUAGCGGCAGAGAGCAGCAGGCAGGCCAGAGGGAAGAGCAGAAGACCAGAGGACAGGACAGGACAGGACGGCACAGGGCAGAUCUGAGGCAGAGAGCGUAGCAAGAUGACAGGCGGCCGAGCCCGAAAAAGAAGGGGAGAGAAAAGAGGAAGGGAGCUACUUAGUUAGCUCAAGGGAGGACAGAAAGUGUGCGUGUGUUUAUUGGCUUGUGCUGGACUUGAAAGUCAAACUGAGGCCUAAACUUGUACCUGACUGUGUUCAAACUGCUGCAGCUACUGCAGGACUCAACAGUGGAGAGACAACUGGACUUACUUUACCGGCCUUUUGAAAACCAGCUUUUGCAUGGGUUGGACUCGAACCAAAACCUCCACCAGGCUGCAGGUGUUUUUUUUUUAUGUGGGGAUGCGGGCCGGCAUGGGCCGGGGCGGGGCUGAGAUGUCAUGCUCCUGUGUUGCUGGUGGUGCCUGAGGCCUGAGGCGGUGGAGCUGGAUAGCAGGAGAGUGGACCGUGUGCUGAACUGCGAGGCCACUGCCUCCACCGCCAUCACAGCUGUUUCUCUUGACCAGUGGGAGGCAGAAACAACCAACACUACCUUGCAGCCCUCCCAGAGUGUGAAGAAUUCGAGCUAUAGUCUGCCAUCCUACCACCCCUACAGCAACAGCUAUGAUUACUCGGAUCAGGCCAGGCAGAGUGAACGGUCAGGCCUCUGUGGACUCUCCAACUUGGGCAACACCUGUUUUAUGAACUCUGCUGUGCAGUGUUUAAGCAAUAUUCCUCCAUUGACUGAGUACUUCCUCAAAGAUAAGUACACAGAUGAGCUGAAUGAGGACAACCCGCUAGGCAUGAAGGGAGAGAUUGCCAGAGCCUAUGCUGAACUUAUCAAACAGUUAUGGUCGGGCAAAUACAGCUAUGUCACCCCAAGGCCUUUCAAAACACAGGUGGGUCGCUUUGCUCCCCAGUUUUCGGGCUACCAACAGCAGGACUCCCAUGAAUUGCUGGCCUUUCUUCUUGAUGGCCUUCAUGAGGACUUGAACCGCAUUAGGAAGAAACCCUACAUCCAGCUCAAGGAUGCUAAUGGCAGGCCUGAUAAGGUGGUUGCAGAGGAGGCAUGGGAGAACCAUAUCAAGAGGAAUGACUCUAUUAUUGUGGACAUCUUUCAUGGCCUUUUCAAAUCCACCUUGGUGUGUCCUGUUUGUUCCAAGGUCUCUGUAACUUUUGACCCUUUUUGCUACUUGACUUUGCCACUGCCUAUGAAGAAGGAGAGGACAUUAGAGGUUUAUCUUGUAAGGUUGGACCCGUUGGCUAAACCCACACAGUACAAGCUGACUGUUCCAAAGGUGGGCUACAUCUCUGACCUGUGUACCUCCCUUUCUAGCCUGUCUGGGGUUCCUGCUGAGAAGAUGAUUGUAACUGACAUCUACAAUCACCGUUUCCACCGCAUCUUUGCCACCAACGAGAACCUCAGCAGCAUCAUGGAGAGAGAUGACAUCUAUGUGUUUGAAGUAGCAGUGAACAGGGUAGAGGACACAGACCAUGUUGUGGUCCCAGUGCACCUGAGAGAGAAGUACAAACAGUCGGGCUACAACCAUACCAGCACGCCGCUGUUUGGGCAGCCCUUCCUCAUCGCUGUCCCCAGAACUCUCAGUGAAGAUAAGCUGUACAACAUGCUGCUUCUGCGUCUCUGCCGGUUUGUGCGAUCAUCUGUAGAGGAGGAUGAAGACGACUGUGAUGAGACACAGCCAUCCAAACAACACACUGUCAAUGGCAAUGCCACUAAUGGACUGCUGGAGGAAGGCUCACCUAGUGAGAUGGAGACUGAUGAGCAGGAUGACGAGUCCAGUCAGGAUCAGGAGUUACCCUCUGAAAAUGACAAUAGCCAGUCAGAGGACUCUGUGGGAGGAGACAAUGAACUGGAGAACGGCGUGGUUGGUCCACAGAACUCCACCAAAGGCCAGCAAUCAGCUGGGCACAACAGAAAGAGACUUUUUACAUUCCAGUUCAAUAACAUGGGCAAAACGGACUUUUCCCUCAUCAAGGAGGACACCAGGCAGAUCCGCUUUGACGAGGGACACCUCCGACUCAGUGACCGCUCUUAUCUCUCCUUGGACUGGGAGCCAGAGAUUAAGAAGAAGUACUUUGACGAAACUGCUGUUGAGGACUUUGACAAGCAUGAAAGCAUGGAGUACAAGCCUCAGAAGAAGGCCUUCUUCAAGCUGAAUGACUGCAUCGAAUUGUUUACCACAAAGGAAAAACUGGGAGCAGAGGACCCCUGGUACUGUCCAAACUGUAAGCAGCACCAGCAGGCCACGAAGAAGCUGGACCUUUGGUCUUUGCCGCCUGUGCUGGUGGUCCAUCUGAAACGCUUUUCCUACAGCCGUUACAUGAGGGACAAACUGGACUCAUUGGUCGACUUCCCACUCAGAGAUCUGGACAUGUCUGAGUUCCUUAUCAACCCCAAUGCUGGGCCCUGUCGCUAUGACCUCAUUGCUGUGUCCAACCACUAUGGAGGGAUGGGUGGAGGCCACUAUACUGCUUAUGCAAAGAACAAAGAUGAUGGAAAGUGGUACAACUUUGAUGACAGCAGUGUGUCUCCUGCCAACGAAGAUCAAAUAGUGUCCAAAGCGGGUUACGUGCUAUUCUACCAGCGCCAAGACACCGUGAAAGGCACCGGCUACUUUGCUCUUGACCGUGAGGAAGAGGAGGAGGAGGAGGAGGAAGAAGAGGAUGGAGAGGAGGAGGAAAACGAAGGGGAGGAGAGACGGGAGAGAAAGAGCGCCUCCUCUGCUCAGGGGGCGUCGUCCGCCGGCGCAGCCGCCGCCCAAAGCGACGAGGAGGACCUGAACGAGAACCGACGCCGGAAGAACGACAACGAGAAGGAGGAUGAUGAGGAAGAGGAGGAAGAAGAGGAGGAGGAGGAGGAGGAGGAGGAGCAGGUGCCCAAUCGAGAUGUCGCAAUGAAAACCAACUGAGGCGAACAGGAACACGAGUCAAUGGAGAGAGAGAGAGACUGGGAUCUUUCCAUCCAAAGCCAUAUGGACACAGCACGGCAGCAGGCGCCAUCAGUCCCACCCGGCGGCUCGGACUCAGCCGCUUCAGGGUGGAGCCACUGGGGGAUGAAAGCUGAUAGGUCAGGGAGCUGCCAGGGUACGCAACACUAUAAGAAAUCAGGGCCCUCCUCGGUGGUUGGAUCACUGUGUGUGUCUGUGUGUGUAAUGUGUGCGAGUGUGACGCCACGUCCAUUUGUUUCAGUUUUGCUUAGCUGCUCUGUGAAAAGAGUCACUGAACGACACCAGGGAUUGAUUUUAGACUUUACAUUACUUGGAGAUUAUCAGCAUCAGUGUGGCGCUCUGAAUCUCCCUCUGCUUUUUGUGUUGUUGUUUUUUUUUUUUUUUUUUUUACAUAUUUCUGAAAGCAAUGCAUCGUUGUCGUAUUUUAAUAUCAUUUAGACCUUGUAUAUAUUUUAAACACUGAAUUACAUUGGGUUUUCAUAAUGCGCUGAAAUGUUUUGACCUUGCACAAUCAGCAACCAUCCAUGUUUUUUACGUAUUUUUGCUAGUCAUACUUCAGUUAACACUUACUGUCUUUCUCAGCGUGUUUUCUUAAACACACACACAAGAAAAAAAAUAGUAUUGCCUUUAGUAAGCCAGUGGUGAGACGCAUCUACAGUUUAGACUUAAAUUAGAGAAGUGAUGCCAUCAUAGUCACAUGGUCUUAUACAGUGUCAAACAGCCAAAAUGUCAUCGCUUUGUAUUACUGCUGCUACUGCUGUGCAUUUGUAGACAGAUUAUCAGUAUAUGGGCUUGAACUUUGAUGCUUUUAAGGCCCUGCUCUUGCUGUCUGAUAUACUCUGUUAAUAGUAUAGAAUUCUUAGAUGAUGGUGGGAAAGUGGAUUGAGAUAUUACCCCAUAAACAUUGUAAAAUAAUCAGAUUCUACUUGCACAUAUUUUGAUCUGCAAAAGUAAAGUAGGAAAUGUUGGUGUCACAGUGUUCAGAAUUAGUAAUACUUUGUCUUAAUCAACUCAUCGUAGUGUGCUAUUGCAGUUCAUAUGUUCAGAUGUUCGCUGGCACAUUUCUAAAUCCUAAAUCUAAAUCUCUCCAGCUCUCCCUCCUAAGUUAUUCAUAGGUGAUGUUAAAAGCUUUACCAUGGCUCUGCACUUGUUUUCAUAUUAGAGGCACUGUGAGAUUAGGAACAUUGGUGAUUUCACUGGCAUCAGAUGGAUCUUCUCUUGUUUGGAUCACCUCAGCCUUAACUCUUAAUCUCGGACCAGUCGCCUUUUCUUUGCACAUCUCUAUCAGGCCGUCUGUCCUGCAUGGCCCCUCCCACACACACACACUCACACAACACCUGUGUAGGAAUGUCCAUAUCAUUUGUUAAACUGCGCGUGUUAUAUUGCAGCCACAUAACGCCAUUUUUAAUCCACAAGAGGGCCAGAAUGUAUGCUGAAAGAAAUGAACACUGACCAGAUGUAUGUGGUUGAUGCCUUUUUGAUUCUUUACAGGGGCAGGUUUUUAUUAUUAUAAUUAUUAUUUCAUUUUUUUUUUUGAAGGCUCCCUUUCUUGGUUUGAUUGAAUGUGAUGGAAAUGUGUUCUUCACCUUUGAUAUUAGCUGUAUGUAUUCAUGGGUACUGCUGAAUGAGUCCCUUUCCAGGGGUGAAAUGCAUCAUUGUGGUCCUGAGCUUUGAGGAUGGGAGGGCAAAUGGGUGGGUGGGGUAACAAAACAGAAAACUAGGGUGAGUCUGCCUAAAAGGCCUUUCAGCUUUUGGGAUCAUGAUACAGUGAAAAUAUUUUGUGGCAGAUAGUUGCAGGAUAUUCCUCCAUCAGUGCGACUUAUGAUGAAAGUCUAUUCUCCAUGGUGGAGUGUGGCUCUUAUGUUUUGUUUUUUUUCUACCUGUUUUUUUCCAUUGUAAACAGCAUUAGCAUACCUGUUGUUGCCUCAGAAUAUUAGAUGUGUACCAUGCCUUUAUGAGCAUCUAUGUGCUUCGACUUCAAUGGGCUUUAUCGCCUCAGCGCUGCCUUGCUUUUUGGGCGACUCACCCCAUCCUGACUGAGGGAGAUGUGAUUGCUACUAUAGGCUUAUACAAUACUGUACAUAAGAGUUCACUCUGUGAGUGCACAUUUGAUAAAGUUUAUUUAUUUAUAUGUAAGCAUUUAAUAAAACAGACAAUAUAUUUAAAACCUUGACAAGACCUGAAAUGUCAAGGGAUGUGGCUCAAGUCCACACAUACACAUUGCCUGUGCUCUUGUCAGGGAGGGAAUAUUUUUAAAAAAAGGAUGGCUCUGUUGUUUUGGGACUUUUUUUGUAAAAAUAAUUCAGACAUCCUUGCAUGACAACAUAGUCGGGGUUUCCAGGUUUGGCUGCACUUGAGUUCACUUGGGUUUACAUUUGAAAUGUGCAUGUGUAUUUAUACACAAUCUUCAAUAAAGUUGUGUAAAGCUU